AUGGUACUCGACCAAGUGCGCGUUUCUACGCGGCACACGCUUAACUGCGCCAAUGAUGCGACAGUUGCCACUCUCGAGUCCCCUUUUAGCCUAGGACCGAUGGACCAUACUGUCCCCCCCAUGUUGACCAUCGAAGCCAUCUUGGUCUACAGAAAGCCAACAAUACUACCAGAUGAAUGUUAUUUCCCCAUCGAACGCUUGAAGGCGGCUGUAUGCCACGUCCUGGAUUAUUACCCGCAUUUGACUGGGCGUCUGCAGCAAAAUCCAGUCAGCCAAGCCCCAGAGAUUGGUAGCCUGGGCACUGGUGCUGAGCUUUGGGAGGCACACUGCCCUAGAAAGCUUAGAAACAUUGCCCUUUCCGCUCUUUCUGCCCGUAUCUUAGCAAUCAAGCUGCCGGAUGAUGGGAAUGCACUUCUUCCCAUAUUUCAUGCAACGGUCGGAGCUAUGGCCUACAAUCCUAUUUUUGCUAUCCAGCACACCCGAUUCGGCUGUGGAGGGGUCGCACUAGGAAUUAGGGUUCAUCAUCUAGUAUGCGAUGCCAACGGAUUUAUGCAGCUCGUACGGGAUCUUGCUGAUAUCUACAAACAAUUGCGAGACUUUGCUCCGCCCACACUUAUCUCCCCUCCCGAGAUUAUCUCAUACUUUCGAGGAACAAGUAACCCAUCAUCCAAUCAGAAGCAAAGUGCGAUUGCAUUCAACCCUCCGAAUUUUUACCUGGACACAAAUACCACGGAUGAGCCUAAAUUCUUAGCUCCUUCUACCGUCGGUGCUGGCACUCUACGUUUCCAAGGUCAGGAUUUGAUUUUACUCAGGAAUGCUGCAUGGGACCCCAACGCCCAGAGACAGACCUCGUUCACCACAUUCGAGGUCAUCUCCGCCUUCCUUUACCAACGAAUCUACCAAGCUAGAAUAAAGCUUUUGCGUGAUAAAGGAGCCGCACCAGACAUAGACUCGCUACAGGCACUUCGCCACUUUUGGACAACUAUGGACAUGCGCGACUCCACCCGUCUGAAGCUCCCCGCGCGCUAUUUUCCGAACGCCGUCCACUGCAUCUCAACUUCCACCUCACAUGAUUUACUCGAAAACGGUGCACUCUGGCAGGUUGCACAGGUCAUCCAUGAUGCAAUUCACUCAGUUGACAUGGACGAGGUUAAGCAGCAGUUCGAAUGGGUUGCCGCACAGCCUAACAAAAGUCAUGUCAAGUCCAAGAACGUAGUGCCAAGUGGUAGCUUCAUCGUUACCCGGUGGAGUAGAGGUAAGACGUACGUUGGUGUUGACUUUGAGGUCGCCCCUAAUGGCAGGCGUAUUGCCCCUGAUUUGGUAUCGCCGGCCCUCAGCGAAAGUCAUCGGGCCGAUGGUUACGCAGUCAUCCUGUCUACCGAGGAGCAGUUGCCUCGACGCCAUCGGAUUAAUGGACGUCUUUUGGCUGGGCCCAGUCUCCCAUGCGCUGUUGACGUUAAUUUGGCUCUGGAUGCGCCGGUAUGGGAUGUCCUUAACAAUGACCCCCAUUUCUUGGCUCUCCUUCCAUAA